AUUUAAGGCUAGGCCUAUAUAUUCCAAACAAUUGUUUUAGAUAUGGAGGAAUUAAUGAAGUCUGUAUAUGGAAUUGCAAGAGACAAUUUCAUCAAAAAAAGUGUUAUGCAUAGGUGUGAUGUAGCUGGAUGCAAAGAUCAAAUGAUAGUAAUUGAUGGAAAUGAAAAACUGUACAGGUCCAUAUGUGCGUCUGAGAGAUUAGAUAAAAAACAGCUUGAUCAAGGUUUACCCAAUUUGGUCAUCAAGUGUAUAAACACACCAGAUAUCAAGAAUAAGACAUUUUUCUGUAAAGAUCAUGCAUUGAAUGUUCGUGCUUCCACUGAUAGACUUGAUUUCAAACCAAUUACACGUAGUUAUGCUAAAAAAAUUGAAUCUGUUAUUGGUGUAGAAGGAGAAUGUAAACAAUAUUCAAAUAUAACAAAAUACGUGGUCAGAACAGCAGGAAUGUUUUAUGGAUUUAGACCUUGUGGUUAUAGAGUAUUCAAUGCGGAAAUGUACACGGCUGAAGCUUUAAGGUAAAUGAUAUUUUUUAUUACUGAAAUGACAGCUAAAACGAUGUGCUAAAAUUAUUUGAACUGAAUUAAAUUAAAAU